UGUUUCUCAGCUGAUAUGAGGCAUCCAGUCGGCGGCAGCCUCCUCAGUCAGGACUCAGCAGCACAGAAGAAGCCCACCGCCUCACCUCGCGGAGAGAGGAUCAAUGAUCAGAGACCCAAGAUGCUGGACAACGAAGACCUGCUGUUAGAGAACCACCCGCGGGAGCUCACCCAGAACCCGCUGAAGAAGAUCUGGAUGCCGCAUAAGAACAGCCACAUCGCGCACAGACGGGUAUGCAUGACAAACUGCCAAACGCUGAUUGUGACCGUGGGACUCCCUGCCCGGGGAAAGACGUACAUUUCAAAAAAGCUCACCCGCUACUUGAACUGGAUAGGCGUGCCAACCAAAGAGUUCAACGUGGGCGAUUACCGGAGAGAGUGUCUGAAGAUCUACAAGUCCUUCGAGUUCUUCCGUCCAGAUAACGAAGAGGGCGUGAAAAUCAGACGCCAGUGUGCGAUGUCGGCGCUGAAUGAUGUGCGGCAGUACCUGAGCGUUGAAGGAGGACAGGUCGCUGUGUUCGAUGCAACAAACACGACGAGAGAAAGAAGAGUCACCAUCAUGAAAUUCGCUGAACAGAACGGGUUCAAAGUAUUUUUUGUGGAAUCUGUGUGUGAAGACCCAGAAGUCAUAGCACAAAAUAUUGUGCAAGUGAAGCUGGGAAACCCAGACUACAUUAACUGCAGUUCGGAUGAGGCCGUUGCGGACUUCAUGAAGAGGAUAAAGUGUUAUGAGACCUCCUACCAGCCUCUGGAUGAGGAUCUUGACAGCGACAUGUCGUACAUAAAGAUCAUGGACGUGGGCCGUCGCUACCUGGUGAACCGUGUUGUUGACCACGUCCAGAGCCGAAUCGUCUACUACCUGAUGAACAUCCACAUCACUCCUCGCUCUAUCUACCUCUGUCGCCAUGGCGAGAGCGACCUCAACAUCAAGGGACGCAUCGGAGGAGACUCUGGCUUGUCUGCCAGGGGGAAGGAGUUUGCCAAACGCCUGAGGAAUUUCCUUGAGGAGCAGAACAUCAAGGAUCUGAAGGUUUGGACCAGCCAGAUGAAGAGAACCAUCCAGACAGCGGAGUGCCUUGGAGUUCCCUAUGAACAGUGGAAAUCUCUCAACGAGAUUGAUGCUGGUGUGUGUGAAGAAAUGAUGUAUGAGGAGAUCCAGGAGCAUUUCCCUCUGGAGUUCGCCAUGAGAGACCAAGACAAAUACCGUUACCGUUAUCCUAAAGGAGAGUCGUAUGAAGAUCUGGUGCAGCGGCUGGAGCCUGUGAUCAUGGAGCUGGAGAGACAGGAGAACGUUCUGGUCGUUUGUCACCAGGCCGUCAUGCGCUGCCUGCUGGCAUAUUUCCUGGACAAGACUUCACACGAGCUGCCUUAUCUCAAGUGUCCUCUGCACACCGUGCUGAAGUUGACACCAGUUGCUUACGGAUGUAAAGUGGAGUCUGUGUAUCUAGGCGUGGACUCUGUGAACACACACAGAGACAGACCAGAGAACGUAAACGUGCAGCGAAGCACUGAAGACGCCCUGCAGACAGUUCCCGCUCACCUCUGACUCCUGCUCCAGCAAGGACCUCGUCCGGUCCUCUCGGACCUCUUUGCCGUGAACGAUGCCUGCUUGGCAGCGUCGUUCUCCUAGCUUCUUUGACUCGAGGAGUACUUUACUGGUUACUUUACUGUUACUGGUGCUAAAAUAAUCUUAGAGCUCAGUAUCAUCUGGGAUUGUAGUACAGAGUCCUGUUCGUGCGGUCAUGUGCUUCCAUUGAUUUGGAAGUUUGUAUUCAUCUGAAAAACAGGAAACUCCAGAAAAACCUCACUGUAUUUUACAAAGAAACGUUUUGUUGUUUUUGUUUUUUUAAAAAUCAUUGUUUUGAUUUUACUGUUAUAUUUUAUACAAAAGUGAAAAAGAAAAAAAGUUCUUCAAGGACUAACGGAGCCAGAUAAACCAUAAAGCAUUCAACUUACGAAGGCUGUACGGCACAUGCAAACUACAGAACAGUCAAAUCUAGACUGGAAAUGUAUUUUUGUUGCUAUAAUCCAAAAUGUGACAACUGCAGUAAAUCAGGAAGGACUUCUAGUGUAGCUCAGUUUAACACUUAAAUAUUAAACAUUCACAUAUCUACAGUCCUAUCCCUUGUAGCCACUGUCAGUGAAUUAUUAGCUAUAACAACUGAUACCUGUUUUCUGCAGAGAAGUAUGGUACUGUGGAAACGCACGUCUCUACCUUAUAACUACCUGGUGUUAUUGUAUAUAACUGUGCUGAAUAUUAAGCUCUGGAAAUGGAAAUAUGAAAUGGAUGAAAAAAAAAAAAAUCACUAAAAUGCAAAGUACACACUUUCUUUUUUUAUUAAUUGCCAGAUCUUUAAAUUUGUAUCAUCAGUGUGCUUGUGAAAUAAAACGUUAAGUAACUGA